AUGGAAAGUUGGCAGGAAAAUGGAAAGUUUGCCAAUAGUCUAGCGCAGUUGUGCUGUGAGCAUUUCAAGAAACUGAGCAAAAAGGGGAAGCCUCAAUCUAGAAACGAGUGGACACUUCUGGCCGCCAUUGUACAAGUGCAGCAACAAGGUAAACCCUGACUGGUGAUUAUAUUCUACUUUCUUUGAAAAUAAAUAGCUCUAAUGUUAUAGUUUGUCCCCUUAGCAUUUGUACCACCCUGGCACUAGUCUCCGUAGUGGGUGAAAAAGGCAAAAUCGGGGUGAAACAGUUAAAAAAAGGAAAAAAAAAAAAUCGGCGAGAGAAGCGAACCCCCACUGCGGAGCCUGGCCCAAGGCUAUUCUAGCUAGUAAGACCUAAUUUUGCAUGAUGAUGAUGAUGAUGAUUAUAAUUAAUAAUAAUGUCAUUUCUAUAAUCAGAUUUCAAUGAAUGCUCUAUAGAUGUGGUUGCCAUGGGUACUGGUUCCAAAUGCAUUGGGAGAAGCAAAAUGAGCAAUCAAGGUAAAAAGAAUAAUAAUACACUUAUCAGCAGUAAUCCCAGAGAACUUUUGGGCGUUUGCACGAUAACAUUUUACAAAUCCCACUUCCCCCACCCCACUCCCACCUGCCCCUGGAUGCCCCCUGAUUUAAGGGCAGAAACAUGCAUAGUGUUUGAUUGGCAAUGAGUUUAUGAUAGGAAAGUAAUUCAGAUGUAGUCAACCAUAACUGUUUGGUAUAUUUGAAUCACAAAAACACUGUCUGUUGAACAUUCGCGUCAGGUCAAAGUUUUCGUAUCUCGAAUAUUCGCUGUUAUUGUUGAAGAUGCUCCCCCCUGCCCCUGGAUGCCCCCUUAAUUAAGGGCAAAAAAUAUCAAAUGUUUUGAUUGGCAAUUGAUUUAAGAUGUGCAAAAAAAAUAUGAAAAUUAUUUUAACUAUUUCCCAUCAGGAUUCCCCCUCUGAGAAGGGGGCUUGAGAUUUUCUGAUUGGGGGGUUUGUUAAAAGGGGUCGGGCAGGGGGGAGGGGGGGGGGGAAUGGUGUGGGGUUUGAGAUUGGUCAGCUUAAACAUUUAGGAGAGAAAAACUAGCUUAUUUCUGAGGGGAAAAUGUGUGCCUUGCACUUGCAUGAGAAGCAAAGGAAAGGAACUUGACAAUCCAAAGUCAUUUAUUGCUUUUUGUUUUCUUUAUAACUGCUGCAUUAUUAAUUUCUAUUUCCUACCAGGAACGAUUUUAAAUGAUAGCCAUGCAGAGGUGAUUGCUAGGAGAGGUUUUCUUAGGUAAAUAAUUAUUUAAAUCAUAUUUUUAAAGUACUAAACGUUGCUCUUGAAAGUCAUAUUAAUUUCAAGACAACUGUCCUACAUUCCACUCUAGAGAGCCCACACCAUUUGAAGGAGUAAAGGAUUGGCUGUGGACAAUUUCCAACAAGUUACUUUUUUUUUAAUGCAAGCUGGCUAUCGAAAUGAAACCUUUGUUUACAGUAAUGCAGGACUAAAGAUUGAAUUAUGUUUAAAGCUUGAUAAAUUUUUUAAUAGAAUGUUGCAAAUUUGCCACUUUACAAAAACAAAGAAACAAAAAGUCACCAUCAUAUUUCUAUCAUUUGCCAUAUUGUUUAGCUUUGGUGUUAGGAGCUGUCCAAAUGUUGACUGUAUAAUACUGUUUAACUGUGCAUUUUACAAUCUCUUCUCUCAAGUUUUGUCAGCUGUUUAAUAGACUUGAAAAGUAUACAGAAUGGCUUAUAACCCCAUACUUGUGAUCUCGUCCCAAAGGUAUCUUUAUCAGCAGUUGCAAUAUGCAUACAAUUUACAGAAGAGUAUUUUUGAAUAUCAAGAAGACAGCAACCUGUGCAAGUUAAAAGAUGGAGUGUCAUUCCACCUCUUUACUUCUCAUACGCCUUGUGAGUUUUACUAUUAAUAUUCUGUUUUAAGUUGAGGAGGGGAUUCAGUGUGAACAAAACAAGGUUGAAUUCCUCAAAGAACAAUUUCCUGUCCAAAAGCUUUACUUAGUCCACAAAAAGGAAACUGGACAUUCUUUAGAACUUUCCAUUUCCAUUUUUGUGUCUUUUAACGGUGUAUUUUUAACCUUGAAAUGUGUGGUUCCAGAAAAUAUCCAUACCCCCCCAACGGAUGGUUCUUCCGAUUAGACCCCCCCACCCUCUCGGAAUUUCCGUUCCAGAGGGGUCAUGUAUAACCCCCCCAUCCCCCAGGAAUUUCCUAUUUUCCUUUUCAUGGUCUUAAUUUGCCAUAUUUAGAGAUAAUCGACCGUGUACUGCUUAAAAUUAACUGUUCUCAUCUUAAGACACAUUUUUUUUAUAAUCUUUGACCUAUUUGUAAUCUUUUACAAGACAAUAUGUAUUUCUUACGUAGGUAGAGCACGCUUGAUAGACUAUGAGCGGUCUCUCUUUUUUAAUUAGUCCUUCCAGCGAAACGCGCGAGGCAGAACAGAGAUUAAUAAGUUUAUGUCAUCUCAAGAAAACAUUUAAAACAUAACUUUAAAUUUGAAUUACUCAUUGAAAUAAAACUAUGUGAACAUUUUCAAAUUUCAAAACGAAUCUACCUACAGACAAAGUUAGACAAAGUUGAUGUCUGGUACUGUAAUUAAGUUUCACUAUGUACACGUCUUGUCUAAGACAGUUUCAUCUCAAAUACAACAUUUACAGCAUAACUUCAAAGUUAACUAUUGAUUUAACAUUAAACUAUGUGAAGAAAUUCGAAUUUCAAAACGGAUCUACUAGAAAACUAACUUACAACAAAGUUUAUCGUUUGUUCGGCCUCCGGUCCUAUUAAAAGUCACCACAAAGUCGAUCUCUCGAUGUUUGUAAUUAAGUUUAACUUUGAAUGAAUUACACUUGCAGUUAAACAAAUCUCAGGAAUUACAAAAAAACCUAUUUGGGUUAAGAAAGAGCAAAAUAUGCAAACAUUCAUUUUGCGUCCCAUAUUUGCAUCGAUUCAUAUUCAGAAAUGAACAUCAGUGAAACAUGAUCUAUUCCGUUGCCUAGCACGUGAUCGAAAGUCUUCUCCACAAAGAAGGAACAGAUCGUUAUUAUUUCGGGCAAAAGUUGAUUUGGCGAAAGGUCUGUUGGACAAACAGCUUGCCUUCAACGGUACUCUAUUAGAAGUCAAUAAUAAAAUACAGCAAAGGUCUCAUUUGGGUCGUCACGCAACGCUUUGUCGCGACGAGCUCACUGAAUGUCAACAGAAAUUUGCAUAAAGUUGUUUUAAUACACAAAGCUCGAGAAAUAUAUCGCCGAGUUAGACGACGUUUGUUCUCGAUUAGCGUAAGUUUUUGUCAGACUAUCUGCAGUCGAGUCCACAAUCUAGAUACAUGUUCGACAUAAAGAAAUUAUUAUUAAUCGAUGUGCUAGAAUUUAUUCCCGGAGAAGUAACCUGUUGAGAAUUGCGAUCGAUUUGCCCGAAGGACGAUAUUUAUUUAAAGACUUCGUCAAAGUCAAACGUUGGACGGACCGACCGUUAGCUGUUUAGAAUCAACCGUUAGAUCGUAAGAGCGAUCCGUUAGAGCGUUAGAACAAAUCGUUAGAACGUGUGGACAAAUCGUUAAAGCGGAGAUGAUAGCGAACUCCCAGCAAAGAAGACGAUCGACGUUUGAGACAAACAUCUUGAAGUUUUUUUUCUCGAAAGGGCAUCUACUUCUAAUUUUUGUUGUGCUACAAAUCAAAAUAAUCCACAUAUACUUAAGUAUGUCUCGUAUGAUCGAUCGCGUCUUUUACAACCCUGUAGAAAAUUAUUCUCGUGGGCACCCCCUGUACCCCUCGGAAAAUUCUACCCUUUAGCCCCCCCACCCCCUAGGAAUUUCCAUUAACCAUCCGUGGGGGGGGGUAUGGAUAUUUUCUGGAACCACACAAUGUGAAACUUUGGUCUUGAAAACCACCGCAUGGUGUGAAAGAUAGCAUGACAGCUUUAGCUUCAUGUUUUAUACUCUCAUAAAGCACACUUUUUCAACCAAUCAGAGUGUGUCUUAUAUCUGAACUUGGUAUAAUAUUUUCUAGCCUGCAUAGCUGGCGGUAUUGUGUAGUAGUAGAGUGAGAUCUGGCAGUGAAGCCGUCACAAGCAGCGUAAGCUCCACUCCUAUUUUUGGAAUACGGCUCUACUGCCAAAGCUUUCAUCGCGCACCGAGACAAUACCAUUAGCUAUGCAGGCUAAAUAUUUUCUUAAUAUUAUUUUCCUUAAAUCUUGAGAACCGUCAGGUGUAAGUGCCUGACUGUAAGUACAUGUACCGGUAUGUUUGUUUUUAGGUGGUGAUGCAUCUAUAUUUCCCAAAGGAGUCAAUGAUGACACUUUGAUAGUUAAUCCAGCAAAGAAUCAAAAUCUUGGAAAUUCAAAGAAACAUUGUCAUGAUGGUCAUGAAACUAUUGAACAUCCAGCUAAGAAAAUUUGUUUGCAAGAGGAUGCAAUUUAUGACAGUUUAUUGCAGGAGCCAUUAGAAAGGACAGACAAGUUAUGUAUUGGGGCAAAAAAGGAUGAGCAGAAUGUUUCAAAAGAAGCUAAUUUACUGACCAAGUUCUCAGAUCAUGCAAGACAAUCAAACUGCAUUCAUGUAGAAAGUACCAACAAAAAUGUCAAUGGAAGUCAGCACAGAGAAAAUAGAAUAAAACUACUAGAUACUACUGAGUCAAAGAAUAUUGGAAGGUUUCUUCAAAAUAAUGAAAAUAAGUAUGAAAACGAUAGAUUGUGCAAUGAUUUGUACAGAACUGGUGCAAAAUGUGCACCAGGCGGCAAACAGGAUCCUCUAAAACCUGGCCUUGGAUACCACACUUUUGGUGUUUUGCGCACUAAACCAGGUCGUGGUGAUCCAACAUUAUCAAUGUCAUGCAGUGACAAAAUAAUGAAGUGGAACAUUCUUGGUUGCCAAGGGGCUCUCUUGUCACAUUUUAUGACGUCUCCAAUAUACCUCUCAUCAGUUGUGCUUGGCAGGUGCCCAUGUGACGUGUUGGCUUUAAGGCGUGGCAUCUAUGAACGUGCCCUAACCGUCGCAUUGGAUUUGCCAGUAAAUUUCACUGUCAACCAGCCCAACAUUUGGCUUACUGAUGUGUUAUUUGAGCACAGCAAAGGAAAAGCAUUGGAGAAGAGCUUUGUGGAAGAUAAUAGUGAGCCUUGUACACAAUCACCUUCAGCAACAUGUAUGUAUGUCUUAAUGUGUCUGAAUGCAAAGAAAUGAAACUGUUCACAUGUUUAGAUUAUACUUAGUCACUGGGUAAGUGUAUGCAAGUUGUGACAAGCCUGAAAGAAAAAAGCCACAAAAAUAAAAUAAGUGAAUUGACCAAAAGCUUAACCUUCAACCUUUCAGGGGACACUUUAACACUCAAAAAGUGACUGGCCACAAAAAUUAUUGAUAAGGUAUAAUUUAAGUGUACACAAGUCACAUUGCCUUGGCAACAGCUUUCAAAACAUGAAUCGAAGUACAUGCACUUCUGGGAAUUCAACACACAACAUCACACGGAGAUUAAUCAUGAUUUUUUUAUAUGUUAUCUAGCUCCUUGAAAUAAUGCCUGAGCAGAUUCCGGGGAAGAUUAAAAGAAAAAUACUUUAUUUGGUGGUUAAUUAUUAACAAACUCCAGCCCAACUUGCAUUCAAGGGACACUUGCCUUGGUCCUGAGGGUGUCCCUUGAAUGGAGGGCCAUCAAAAUCCUGUAGCCACUGUUUAAUGUAUCUUUUAUAGGAAAACUUGGUUAUGGAAAGUUUACAAUAAUGUUGCCAUUUAGGAAAAAAUAGUACCACUCUCAAAAAGAAAAGUGACAGUAUUACUUCACUUGGAAAUAAAUAGUUUUCAUUAUCCUCAUCAGAGCAAUUUUUUCCAUGUAUAGCUGUUAUUUGGAUCAAAGAUCCUUUAUUGCAUGAAGUUUCUGUUGCCGGCCUGAGACAGGGAGUUACCAAGAAGAACCUUUCUUCAUCAAAAGCUAGGUACAUGGUA